GAGCAACAACGGCCUCUCUCGAGCCGUGACCUCUCGAAUCACGGAAGGAAUAGUGCUUUCUUUUGAUCGCGUCCUCUCACGUCUCUAUCGGGCGAGAAAACAACGGAAGAAGUGGAAGAAAAGGAAGAGUGGUACUGUAUUAUCAGCAAAAUUCUAUCAUAGACCGUUCGUCCUGGGUCGCAUUGCAUACCAACCAUGAGACUGGAAAUUGUGUCAGCGGCGGAUUUUUUGGUGCAUCUACUGCGUCUUCAGACAGGUCAACUGUCUGAACGUCAGCUGGAGAUGUUCAAGUCCUCUUUGACGGAGGUUUUGCGUCAUCGUUACAGGGAUCACUGGUUCCCAGAUCGACCAAAUCGUGGUUCCGGUUACCGUUGCAUACGUAUCAACGGUAAAAUGGAUCCAGUCAUUGCACAGGCAGGUGCUAACGUCGGUUUACUGCCAACGGUAUUGCAUAGCUUGUUUCCAAGCGAGCUCACCAUGUGGAUCGAUCCAUCGGAAGUAUCCUACAGAAUCGGUGAAAACGGGUCUAUUUGCGUUUUAUACGAACGUACAGAACCUGAACCGGAAGAAUCUCAUCAGCACCAACAUCAGCAUCAACAUCAUCAACAGCAACAGCAACAACAGCAGCAGCAAUUCGAAAGUUGCAAGGAUUCGUUGUUAUUGGAGCAUUCGCAAUUUAGCGAGCAGAUCGCCGCGUUCGUUUCCAGUUGAAGCGUUUUUCUACGUAAAUUCAUCGAUGCAACAACACUAGCAUCUUGUUUCGUUUUCACUGGACGUGCAUCACGCUCUCGGAUUGAUCAAAGCACAUGGGUUUCAUGAUAUGUGAUGGCGUUCCUCCGGUCGGGUGAAUGUUUGACUCGUGCACACGAACGCGCAAUUUUACUCUGUAUAAGUCGAGUUUCGAAGGAAAUGAAGUGUGCAUUGUUCUAUCUAAAUAAGGACAACAAACGUGUAAAAAAAGUGUUUAACCGUUUUUUUUUGGCUAAAGUUGAUUUAACCGAAAAAAUUCGUCCAAUACGUAUCGUUCGACGAGCUUUUGUCGGAAUCCCAGCGAUCGUUAUCACGACCGACUCUAGUCCAACCGUACACAUACAUAUGUGUCAUCCUGAAUUUUUGUCAACCAUACGAAAGAGGAAGAGAGGAUAUUCAUGGCAAGAAGAGCACCAUCAUCGUUUGAAUAUUCGAGGAGAAUAUUGCGCGUUCGCGUAACGACGAUGUCUAACUAGACCAGUGGUCCUCAUACGUUUUGGCGUAUUUCACGAGAAGAUCCAGUUUUUCCAGCUUUUUCUGUUGAAAAUACCGACUGCUAGCGAGAUCGCGCCCGCAAAUGUGAGAAAAUAAUAUAUGGGCGAGCUCCGCUCCGAGGGUCUCUCUCAGACCGACAAAUUGAUCUCAGCUCACCUCCCGCGUACUUCCGUUUAUCUCGAAAAGAAGUUACGUCUGGAGUGGGGGAACAACGAACCAGUCUGUGGCCCUCUCUCUGUUCUCGUGAGAGGAAAAGCGAAACAAGCUUCUCUCCCCUCUCCCCCUCUCAUGGAAAGGAUUCAACAAUGUGUUUUUAUCGUCGCAAAUCUCUUUUCUUCCACGAACGUUUUUUAUCUAUCAAUCUAAUUGAUUAUUCUGAACCCUCUCGUGUUCCGAUGUUCUUGGUAUGCUUUCCCUCCGCUGAUGAAAGUCGAAGGACGAACAUCGAGGACGAAGAUGACAAAAGAAGCAAUUGGUUUUCCAGUGAAAAAUUGACGAAUAACAUGUAUACUGCAUUCUCUCUUCUAUCCGCAUGGUCAAUACGCUGGUUGAGCUUCAAGGAUUUUUUUUCUCUCUAACCUCGCACGGUCAAUGCAAAUUACCACCGAGUCACACACAUACGAGUAUACCAAACACAUACCAAGAAAAACCAAUAUAUAUAUGUUUCCGUCGCCACUUUGUCCAACAUACAGAAGAGACCUGUUACUAUAAACGAUUAUCAAUCUGUGUCAACCUUUCCAUUUUCUUCUUUGAUCUGGAGCUUCUCUUACAGCACGCGUUAACAAGCAUGCUAACGGCAAUCAUAUUUAUCAACUAUCUUCGAUGUCACUGGUAUCGUAGCAGUGGCCCAUUAUCGUUCUUGGAUCGGCCAUAGCCAUUGUUUCAUUGGUCAUCAGUAGUCGAGCAGUCUCGAACUCGAUCCACGCGUUGGCAUCGUUGACACAAUAAGAAUACAUGUUACACUUCAUACGUACAAACCUUUAACAAAAUGCGUGAGUUUUAUAUGUACAUAUAUAUAGGUAUUAUGUAUGUAGAGAGCACGUAUUGCGCAAGCCGAUGGAAACCAUAUUUGCGCGAAUACGUUGCGCCAAAUUGUAUAUUAUGUAUCUGUUUUGCGAGUAUAGAGCGAGGGGGAACGAAUGUAUAAAAGAGAGCACAAGAAACUGAGUGCGUGAUUGAAAGUGAGAAUGUGUGCCGUGUGCGUUGCGUGCAUAUUAUGUUGCGUACGUGUGUUGCCAUAUAGGAUGAUUGAGAGUAAGAAAGAAAGAAAGAAAGAAAGAAAGGAAGGAACAGUGUCGUGUACAGUGUGCGUGAAAGCAAGCAACAAACAUGAGGCAAACAUCUGUGAUUUUCUUCGAACGAAGAGAGGGCAUGUUUCGUGCAUAUAUCGAAUAAUUAUCUUUUCUGGUGUUUCGAACGUGACAGAGGAAUCGAGUCAAAUGAAGAAUAUAUGUAUGUAUAUUGAUAUGAAUAAGGAGUGAGCAAAAGUUUAUCCUUUUCAUCGCAACCUCAGUUUUUUUUGUAUUGCUCGAUCUCUUUCUCUUAUCGCUUUAGUUUUCUACUUUGCAAAAUUGGUACAAUCGAACAACCUUGUUUCAUUUAUACAUAUAUAUAUAUAUGUAUAUAUAUAUAUAUAUGCAAUAGAAGUCGUGAUGGGUAUAUUACGUGUUACACGCGCAAGUGUAUGUGUGUGUGUUUCAAUUUCAUUUACAAGAAAAUUUUGCUAACUUAAAACAUGAAAUUUUUUUUAAACUUUCGUAACUUUGUAGGAGAGUCCCAUAUAAAUAUGGGACAAUUUUUUCCUCUCCUUUUCACUUCUACUAUUAGAGCUAAUGUAUAUUUUCCUAUUCUUCUCUCACACACACUGUAUUACUCUUAUUCUAGGAAUUGUCAAUCUUCUCAAGUCCAAAAAUAUUACACAAAAAUGUUCACUUUAACAAUGUAUUUAUACUCAUUACGGCUUUCAAAAUAUGUAUACAGGAAAAUGGGGAAACAUGCCGACUUGCAAAGAUUAUUUUCUUACAGAAGAAGUAGAAAGUAACAAGAAAAAAUUGUCUGACACCUACAUUGUUCAAAGCUAGAAAGUUUUAAGAAAACGUACGAAAUUUCCUAGGUUCUCGGAGCUUUCUUGAUAACAAUUCUAUUGUUUCGAGAUAAAAUCGUUCAAUUAUACAUAUAUGUACAUACUCUCGUAUAUGUAUAUAUAUAUGUAGACACAGUGUUUCAUCAUGGGUUCUCCGAUGGCGUAUCUAGUUUAGUGGGAUUUUGAUAACUAUCAAGUAGAAUAUGAAAACGACCAUCGUCCGAUAAUAUGAUUGGAUGAUAUAUCGUUUCUUCUUUUCUUCUGUGACGGAAAUACUUGUUCGGAAUAUUCGCGUAAUAUUAACUCGCGCUAAAAAUUGAAACGUGGUGUGCAAGAAUUUGAGAGAGUGUCGUUCAUUUGUAAUGAUCAUAGUAUGAAAUCGUGAACACGUAUAGUAUGAUAGAGGACAAAAAACGAAGAGAGAAAAGAUAAGUAUGUUUGUGAAGAAUAGAGCGAAAUGGAAAGAGUAGCCUUGUCGCGUUCGGUGUCGAAUCAGAAGUGUUUGUAUGUAGCAAUUAUAUAGAAACCAUGUCUGUGAUUAUAUUAAAAAUAGAGAGACAAUAUGAGCAAUCUCUGUGUGCGAGAGCGACCUAAUUAGAAGUGCGUGUAUGCGUCUCUGAAUAAGAUCAUGAGUACACGUGCCUGUAUCGUACUAAUAUCUAAAAGUAUAUAAUAUAUAAAUAUGUUUAUAUUGAAAAGUAUGCGUGGCAAUUUUAAACGAAUUUAAUUUAUAGAUUAAUUAUGUUCGCGAUCAACCUCUGCGGAUUGUGCAUUACAUAUAUGUAUAUGAACGUUGUCUAUACGCAUUAAUUUCACUUCUUUCUGUUUGCAUGUUCUUCCAUCCACGUAAACGAGCUGCACUUUAUGUUGGAAAAGAUUCGAUCGUUCCUAUCGGUUACUUUGGUUUCUCUCCUUUAACGAGUCCUAUACGUUUACAUAUUUUGUUAAUUUGCAGUCGAUGAACACAUUAAUACGAAUUUGUGAACGUUCGAUUAAAAUUGCUAAGCAUGCUCAAAUUGUGACCGAGCGCGUAAAACUACAAGAAUAGAAAAAGAAGAGAUUCGAAUUCGCUCUUUCAUCUCGAAGAUCAGAAAUGCAAACCGAUUCUCUCUAAACGACCUAUUGGGAAAUCUGUCGAAAGUAAUGUUGGACGAAACAAGUGAAAGUGUGAGAGUCGAACGGCGACGUAGAAAAUCUCGCACACCGUCUAGUACUUACCAUAGAAUCACAUAGCGCAGUUUCAGACAACAGCUAGAAAAAGACAACAUUCCCUUUCCGUUUUAUUUGCCCUUCGCUUGUUGGAGCCAGGAAAAAACAAAAUUUUCACAAUAUCGUAUAGGGAGUACUCGUUUAAUAUAUGCCGUUGGAUUCGCCUAUGUGGAUUAUACACGUUGUAGAUUAUAUCACACGUAACAGAUGAACACAUACACGAAAUGAAUGACAUGACACGCGUAGCGAGCGAACAAGCGGAAACUCAGCGAAACAAAUUGCAAGAAUGAGAGUGAGAGAAAAGCAGAACACCGUUUCAUGAGUGAAUUGUAAUUACUAUAUAUCCAUAUACAUAUAUAUACGAAUAUAUUAUAUAUACAUAUUUAUAUGUAUAUAUAUGUGUAUAUACAUAUAUGUAUAUAUAUGUGUAUAUACAUACAUGUAUAUAUAUGUAUAUAUACACACAUACACACACAUCUUGUAACUAUACAUAGGGUCCUUCAGGAAGAAUUUGUACAAACCCGCUGGGAUAUGGCACCAGCAGUCUGUGAUUUUAGCUUGGUUAAUUCAGUAUUUUUUUAAAUAAAGCGAGACAAAAUCAAGAUAAAUGAUAAAAAAAAAA